UUGAGGAUGAAUUCUUGGGCAGAAUGGAUGCAAGACCAAGAAAAGCUUGCUGAAGCAAAUGUCAAUAUUAAGGUUCCGGAUAAUAGAGAUGAAGUACCAAAUAUGGUCCUGGCAGAAAUGGAUAUUGGGUCAACAGAUAAUGUUGCUGAAUGUAAUGUGUCUAUCAAGUUACCAAAAGAUGAAGAUGAAUUCCAGAUCAGAGAAAAGGUGGAUACAAGACCAACACAACAUUGUGCUGAAGGGAAUGCGACUAUGAAAAGAGAAAAGAGGCGACAAAAAAAAGAUAAGAAGGCAAAAGUUGAGGAUGAAUUCUCUGGCAGAAGGGAUACCGGACCAACAGAAAAGCUUGCUGAAGUAAAUUUAAAUGCCAAUGUUCUAGCGACUAGAGAUGAAGUGCCGAAUGUGGGUAUGACCCCAAUGGAUACAGGGUCAACAGAUAUUGUUGCUGAAAGGAAUGUGAUUAUUGAGAAACCAAAAGUUCAAGAUGAAUUCCAGAUAAUAGACCAGGCAAAAGUGGAUACAGGACCGACACAAAGUCUUGAAGGAAAUGCGACUGUGAAAAGAAAAAAGAGACGAGGAAAGGCCAAGAAGGCAAAAGUUAAGGAUGAAUUCUCUAGCAGAAUGGAUGAAGGAUCGACAGAAAAUCUGGAGAGGGGAAACAGUCAUGCUGAGGAGAGGAGUGCAGUCCCUACUUGCAAUGCAUGUACUGCGACGGAUGCGGAAAUCUUAUGGCUUAAAACGACUCCGAUUGUUUCAGUUAGGAAAAAACUUAUUGUCCUUGAUAUAAAUGGUCUGCUUGCAAAUGUAGUAUUCCCAGCACCAAAACAUUAUAAAGCGGAUAUUAAAGUAUGUGGAAGAGCAGUUUUCAAGAGACCCUUCUGCGAUGAUUUUUUGAAGUUAUGUUUCCAGAACUUUUAUGUGGGCAUAUGGUCAUCAAGAACCAAGAAAAUACUUGAUGCAGUUGUGAGAUAUUUACUGGGAGAUCAAAAGGACAAGUUGCUAUUUUGUUGGGAUAUGAGAUAUUGUACACAAACAGGGUCCAAAACUCUUGAAAAUUGUCAUAAGCCCUUGGUCUGCAAGGAGCUAAGGAACAUUUGGGAAAAGGAUGAUCCUAGUCUCCCAUGGCAAAAAGGAGAUUUUAAUGAAACAAACACAGUGUUGCUGGAUGAUUCUCCUUACAAGUCCUUACUAAAUCCUUUGCAUUCAGCAAUCUCUCCCAAUCCGUACCAGUACUCUGACACCAAUGAUAAUUCACUAGGUCCCGGAGGUGAUCUUCGAGUUUAUUUGGAAGGUCUGGCAAAUGUGCAGAAUUAUGUGGAGCAACACCCGUUUGGUCAAAGUCCUAUAGGUGAACAAGACCUUUCUUGGGAGUUCUACUGUAGGGUACUCAAACAGAUGUCCAACAAUGAAAUAUCCCAAUCCGAAGUUGAGGCUUAAAUUAGCUCAAGAGGCUUUUAGGGCUUACGUUUAGGCUUAUAGCAAAGGAUGUUUUCUUUUUGAACAAUGAUUUUGUGUUAGGUGAAAUGUUGAUGCGUUGGGAUUCACCCGAGAAGGUAUAUUUGCUACAUUAGGAGCGUUAGCCAAUGGGACCCGUCAAGGAAUUUGGCUAUCUUGGACUGGUACAGUCGUGGCCGUCGUCCACCAUGGCUUUGGUCUAUGGUAGAGGCUCACCUGUCAAUCUGUCAUUAUACUGACCUUGGUUUUGAUGCCGUUAAAAGGGGGUGGUAUUUUUGUAAUUUACCCUUGAAGAAAAAUAUUUUCAUUUGAUCCUCUCAUUAUUGCAUUUAAUGUGUAUGAAAGAGCAAA